AUGGCGCACUUUCCUCGCCGCCCUCCGUCCGGUGUCAACGUCAUCAUAGUAGGCGCAGGUUUCGCGGGCAUCGCAGCAGCAAUAGAAUGCGAUCGCAAAGGCCACUCAGUCGUUCUUCUUGAGAAAGCGGAAAAUGUGGAAGACAUAAUACGGUUUGGCGAUAUCAUCUCGUUCGAUCCCAACGGUGCGCGCAACUUCGAACGCUGGCCCGGCGUCAUCGAAGCGAUGAAGGAAGUGGCACGGAAAACAACAUGGCUGGAUCUGUACCACUGGAAAGGGCAGUUUGUCACCAGGCAGAGUUUUGUGUCCGAACAGGAAUGGGGGCCGAGAAUCAAUGGACAUAGAGGAGAACUGUACAGUAUUAUUCAUCAGCAUGCUGUCGAUCGGGGAGUGAAUAUUCAGUGGGGCAAACGUGUAACUGAUUACUUCGAGGACGAUGAAAAGGCUGGCGUGGUAGUCAAUGGAGAAGAGAUGAUUGCCGAUGCAGUCAUUGCAGCAGAGGGAGUUCGUUCCCGCGGCCGUAAGAUUGUGCUUGGUUUUGACGACAAACCGAAGAGUUCGGGAUACGCUGUAUAUCGCUCAUGGUUCUCUGGAGAUGCCAUCAAAGACAACCCGAUCCUGAAACAUCUCGUAGAUGGAGACAGUCACUCUGGGUUCAUAGGUCCAGAUCUUCACUUUCUGGUAUCGUCGCUCAAAGACGGCAAGGAGUUCAAUUGGGUGUUUACUCACGUAGACGACGGGAAUAUCGAGGAGGACUGGCAAUUCCCAGGCAGAGUGGAAGACUGCCUGAGGUAUGUAGAAGGAUGGGCACCCAUCGUGCAAGAGAUUGUAAGGUCGACGCCAAAAGGCGCGCGUCUCAUCGAUCAUAAACUCGUCUUCCGCGAUCCGCUGCCGACCUUCAUCUCGCCACAGCACCGUAUCGCUUUGAUUGGAGACGCAGCGCAUCCCUUUCUUCCAACAUCCAUCCAGGGUGCCAGUCAAUCCAUCGAAGACGGUGUUGUACUGGCGGCAUGUCUGGAACUGGCUGGCAAAGAAAGCAUUCCUCUAGCUGUACGAGCAUUCGAGAAGAUCCGCUACGAAAGGGUGCACAAAGCACAGGCGAUGGGGGUUAAGACGCGCGAGCGAUGGCACAAAGCCAACUGGGAUGAGAUAGCGAAGAGGCCGGAAUCCAUUCACCUAGCACGCGAGGCAUGGCUGCUAAAUUUUGAUGCAGAGACCGACUGCUAUGAGAGGUUUGAUGAGCUACUGCAGUGUUUCUGUGCAACACAACAACUUUGCCAACUACCUAUUACGAGAGCUUUCCGACUCACAUUCGCCGCAUCGUAUAAGCCAACACGGGAUUUACAGUGGUUGGUGAUCAAGAUGCACCUUCCUACGCUGUUCUGCUUCGUCGCCGCUGUCACCACGACGGCAGGUGUCCAGUUCGGCGACUUGAAAGAUCCUAUCAACAUCCUAGGCAUCGGACGCAACGACAUCGAAAUCUUCUUGGGCAUUCCCUAUGCUCAUGAUACCAGCGGCGAAAAUAGAUUCAAACCACCGAUUCCCUACGAAUACUCUCCAGGUACUACUAUCGAUGCUACCAAGCCUGGUCCCGCAUGUCCACAACCAUUGGGUGUGCUCUAUCCACCUCUUGGAUUGGGCAAUAUAACUGAAACAUCCGAGGACUGCCUGAAUUUGAACGUAGCGCGGCCAAAAGCGACUGACAGAGUUGGAAAGGGACCACUGCCAGUUCUGGUAUGGAUACAUGGAGGAUCUUUCUGGUGGGCAAGCAACACGGAGCCGACGACUGCGCCUGACGGAAUGAUCAAGCAGUCGGUAGAAAAUGGGGACCCAAUCAUCCAUGUGGCCAUGAAUUACCGUCUCGGGUUCUUUGGGUUUGCCAGUUCAGACUGGUUGAAAGAAGAAGGAAGCAUGAACGCUGGUCUACGUGAUCAGCGCGCUGCUAUCGAGUGGGUCCGCACCAACAUUGCUGCUUUUGGCGGGGAUCCGGAGAGGAUUACGAUUGCCGGCCAGUCUUCCGGCGGCCUCGCAAUCGGAAUGCAGAUUAUGGCUUACGGCGGAGAGAAGCCACUUCCUUUCGAGCGAGGUAUCGCCCAGUCUCAGUCCCUUGAGCCUGGUAUCACAGGGAAUUUCGCCAAGGAUGCGAUGAUCGCGCUGGUCAAUUACGUGGGGUGCAACACUACUGAUGUGGACGCUCCAGGGACGAUUGAGUGUCUACGGGGACUAGAUACUGAAACACUCUUUGAAGCCUCCAACGCGACGUAUCUCAGCGAUAUCGCGCAUAAUAUUGGGGACAUCUGGUUGCCACAGGUGGACGGCGAUUUCCUUCCUGCGGCACCAAGUCAGCUCAUCGCAGAAGGACGCUUCGGUAACGCUACCUUUAUGUCCGGCUGGAUGGAAGGCGACCUUAACGUGUACACCAACACCUCCAUCGCAACCGCACAAGAUACGUACGACUUUGUUCGCGACUACCUACCGGCUAUGUCGGAGGAAUCUCUUACUCAGUUACUGGACUUGUACCCGGUAGAAGAAUUCGGAACCAGUGUGAACCUAACAGCAGAGUUCUAUCGCUCUGCACGCAUCUUCCGCGAUAUCCUCAUGGUGUGCCCAUCGCUACAUCUGGGUGUUGCAAUUGACAAAGUGCACAAAGCGCCAGUCUACUUCUACAACUUCAACCAGACAAUACUUGAUCCCAUCCUCGAGUACACCGAAGACGUUGUUGGCUUUGGCGUGGUACACACGUCUGAGUUUGCGUACGUCUUCGACAGCAUGCAAGUGUACAACAAGACGGACUACCCGUUUGACCCGACCGAGUACGACUACGAAAUUGCUAUGCGAGCAAGCCGGUCGUGGAGCACCUUUGUGAGUCAAGGAGCCCCGGCAGAGAGCGGAUCACAAUCCACCACAUUGUUGAACUGGGAUGAGGCAUUUAGCCGGCCAGGCGGUCCGUAUGUCAGGACGAUUGGUGGCGCACAUCCGAGCAAUAGUGCGCUGGGCAUGGCGAACGCGACAAGAGAGAUGGCAGAACAGAGAUUACAGGAGCGAUGUGCUUUCUUUAACAGUCCGAAGAUCAUCCAAGCGCUUCAGUAUUGA